AAGUCACUUCGCUUCACAUCACAUCAUCACUUCUUGACAAUCCAUCCACCUUCUUCUUCCUUACCUUUACUCUUGCUCUGUUUUAUUCCUUCUUCUCGUGUUGUCCAUCCCUGUUAAUCCUCUAUAUAAUCACAAUGGGUCUCAUCAGAGGAACCCUCAAACUCACUACCUACGGUGGUCUUGCUUCCCUGGGAGCUUUCUUCUGGGCGACGCGCAAAGACAACUUCGUCCCUGUAUUCCCGACCGACCCCAUCUUCCAAAGCGCAUUUUACCGCAAGUUCAAUCCCGAGGAGAACCCCGUGCUUCACGAUCUGUGUAUUCGCCGCGUCCCUCUCUCUGAAAUCAACCCGUCUCUACUGGAGAAGAAGGGCAAGCUCCUCGAGGCCUUUUGCGCCGGUGUCUGGAGUGGCUGGGGCUACGCCUUCCAACGUGCUUACCUAGCUCGCAAAUAUCAAGGCCCCGAAACCUCCUCCCACCUCUGGACACCGAACGAGCUCCGCACCUCAAGCUACGACGUCGGCACUGUGGUCACGGACCACUUCGAGGUUGUCGAGAAGACCCCCGAGCGUAUCCUGAUCCGCUGUGGCGACUCCCCCCGCCGCCAGGGUGUCCGCCAAUCCGAUGGAUUAUUCGAGAUUUCGGCUGUGGUCAAGCCCGACGAAGGGGUUGCUGAGCUGGGAUUGAAAAGCGUUUUUUAUCGCGGUUUAGGCAAGGCGGAUGGCCCGCCUAUGCCACCGCAUAUUGCCUGGUUGCAUCAACAGUACACGAAGCUGUUGUCCGAGACGGCGCUGGCGAAUAUUUACCGUUAGAGACGGGGAUAUGUUCUAUGAUUUUAUCGGGAUUGCGGCUAGAGCGAGCGAGCGAGCAGGGGAUGCAGAUGUAUUUAUGGCUGUAUAUAGGUAUCGGAAAUGGACGGACUAUACUAAUCGAAUCUUGUGCUUUUGUUUAUG